AUGAGUGGGGGCAGUGCGUCGGCCAGUGAAGCGUACAUUAGACCGUCUCCCACGCCGGCGCCCUCCGUCAAUUUUACAUCUGGCGAUACUCCACCCACUCCGACAAGAUCGACUCCGGCGGCAGCAGCAGCUGCUAAUUUUACAGCCCGGGCUGCGUCGAAAAAUGGCCGCGGGGAGGAGCGGAAGGCGGUGGCGGCGGCUGUUGCAGCAGAUGUGCGCGGGACGGUGGAAUACCGCGCGGCGUGGGACGUGGAGCUCUGGAAGGCCAUUCAGGCCGCGCGGCUACGGCGGCAGUUAGAGGAGCAGAAAAAGAGGGCUCUUGCGGCACUUGCCAAAUUUGUCAAAUUGAGGGAGCAACAGGCCACUGAGAGAUGCGAGCUCCGGGAGCGAGAGAUUGGACGCAGGGAGCAGCGUUUGGUGGAGGAGGAGAAGCAGAUGGAGAAGCGAAAGUGGCGGCUGGCGGAAAUGGAGAAGGACAUGCAACACAUGCGUCAGCAGUUGGCGGACGCUCGGCGGCGUGCGGAGGCAGAGGCGCAGGCGGAGGUGAAGCGGGCAAAGGAAGACACCGCACACGCGGUGGCGCUGCAGGAACAACGUAUACAGGCAGCAGAGGCACAAACAAAACGCGCGGAGGAGCGGUUGCAGCAGGCGCAGCGCGAUUACUUGGCGCUCUCAGAGGAGUUCCAUCGAUUUCGCACGCGGGAACUCGCGGGGCCUUCUGAGAAGGCGACCAGCGUCGAGACUCGGUUGCGGAGGGAGUUUGCGGUGGAGCAGCAGGCGCUACAGGACCGUCUUGAGCGGCGACACAUGGAGCGUGAAGAGCAGCUGACACGGCGCUGCCGUGAGCUUGAAGAGGAAAACAAGCGCCUUACGGCGUUGGCAACCAAACGCAAGGAGCAAAUGCGACGCACCGCCGAGGAAGUGGAACAGCUCAUUUCGGCGAAAAAAACACUAGAGCAGAGGCUGCGGCGAAAAUCGGCGAUAGACGCCACUGCAGACAUCACAGACACAGUAAAAAAGAAGAAAGAUUUGGCGGUGGGCGACGUGAUUUCGAAGGUGUCGGCUGCCGAUGUCGCACCGGUGGCAAAAGAAAUAGAGCGUCUGCGUUCUGAGCGUCGUAUUAUCCUGGAGGGGAGUGCGGGUGCGCUGGAUCAGGACAGCGACGUGGUCCGCUGCCUGGACGCGAGGAUUAACGAACUGCUUGAGCGUCUUCAGAGUCGGGGCUACGCGUUGCAGCCGGUGACAGAUUGA